GACUUCUUUUGGCUGCCGUGAGUUCACUGUAUUGUAAAGGGUACUGAGAAUCCAGGAGGAGGAGGGGGGGUCGAUUUGCCAAAAAUUCUCCCGCUUGGGUUCACAUCCGGAGUCCGGACGACCAUAAUUUAACGCACCUCUUACCUUUUAAGAAACUGAGUUUUAUUGUUUUUAUUAAUUUAUUCUAUUUGUCUUAGUUUAUGGUUUACGUUAACACUCCGGGAGGGCAGAAAUGGCGGCCAACAUGUACCGGGUCGGAGAUUAUGUAUUCUUUGAGAACUCCUCAAGUAACCCUUACCUGAUCCGGCGGAUAGAAGAACUCAACAAGACGGCCAGUGGGAAUGUGGAGGCCAAGGUGGUUUGUUUCUACAGAAGGAGAGACAUCUCCCACAGCCUCAUCCAGCUCGCAGACAAACACGCAAAGGAGUUGGAAGAGGAGAAGGAGAGCCCGACAGAGACAGAGCUAACAGAAAAACAGAAACACCAGCUCCGCCACAGAGAGCUCUUCCUCUCCCGGCAGUAUGAGAGUCUACCUGCGACACACAUCAGGGGGAAGUGCAGUGUCGCAUUAUUGAAUGAAACUGAAGCCGUUCUCUCGUACCUUGACAAAGAGGAUACGUUCUUCUACUCGCUGGUGUACGACCCAACACAGAAGACCCUGCUGGCCGACAAAGGAGAGAUCAGAGUGGGGCCGCGCUUUCAGGCAGACGUACCUGAAAUGUUACAAGAGGGUGAGGCAGAUGACAGGGACCAGUCCAAGCUAGAAGAGAAGCUGUGGGAUCCAGAGUGUCCACUCACCAACAAACAGAUAGACCAAUUCCUAGUGGUGGCACGGGCGGUUGGGACCUUUGCUCGAGCGUUGGACUGCAGCAGCUCAGUCAGACAGCCGAGCCUACACAUGAGUGCAGCUGCAGCCUCACGAGAUAUCACACUGUUCCAUGCGAUGGACACGCUCCAUCGUCAUAAUUACGACCUGUCCAGUGCGCUGAGUGUACUGGUCCCAGCGGGCGGCCCGGUGCUCUGCAGGGAUGAGAUGGAGGAGUGGAGCGCCUCGGAAGCUGCCAUGUUUGAAGAGGCACUAGAGAAAUACGGAAAAGACUUCAACGACAUCCGACAAGACUUUCUGCCAUGGAAGUCUCUGACUAGUAUCAUAGAGUACUACUACAUGUGGAAGACCACAGACAGAUAUGUGCAACAGAAGAGACUGAAGGCAGCAGAGGCAGAGAGCAAACUGAAGCAGGUUUAUAUCCCCACAUAUAACAAGCCCAAUCCCAACCAGAUCUCAAUGACCAAUGGCAAGAUGGCGACAGUGAAUGGAGCGGGCCCUGGGGCCUACCAUGCAGCAGGCGGGGGCAGAGCCUGCGAGAGCUGCUAUACCAUGCAGUCGGCCCAGUGGUACUCAUGGGGGCCUCCGAACAUGCAGUGCCGCCUGUGCGUUUCCUGCUGGAUGUACUGGAAGAAGUAUGGAGGCCUGAAGAUGCCGAGCAGAGCAGAGGGCCCAGAGGAGAGGACCUCCCCAAGUCCAGCAACCAAUGAGCCUCGCUCGCGGGGUCACGCUCCUCGCCAGUCCAACCACAUGGUGCCGAUGCGAAACAGCGGCAGCCCCAAGUCCUCCAUGAAGACCAAGCAGGCUUUCCUGCUGCAGGCCACCCGCCUCACCAAGCUGGCCCGGCACAUGUGCCGUGACAUCAUCAGGCUGCGCCGUGCUGCGCGCCGGCCCUUUGUCCCCAUUAACUGUGGGGCCAUAAAGGCAGAGUACAUGUUAAGGGUGUCGGAAGGGCAGGGGACUCGCCUACCCAAAACCAGAGCCGCCCAAAGGAGCACUCUCACCAGUGUUCUCCAGUUUCUAGAGUCUCGUCCGGCCGCCCACGCCCCGCGCUCCCACCGCACCGCGGGCCUGCAGACGCCUCCACCUCGACGCCUCCUCUCCUCUCUCCCACACGGCCCCCACGGCAUGCUGGGAAAACGCAGCUACCAUCACCACAGCAGGGCUGAGCCGGACAGGCGCGCAGAUAACCCAGGUACAACAGGUGGACCCCUCCUGCAUAACGGCCGCAGCAGCAGCUCCGGAAACACCCGAGGCGGAGUGAUGAUCCGCAAGAGACGCCCCAACUGGAUUGAUGCUCCUGAUGACAGCUUCUUCCUUGUCACCCGGGAGACCAGGAGGGCCAGACGGAUGCUGUCCCGCUCCCAGCUGAGGCACGCUUGUCGGCAGCCAUGCGAGCAGAUCACUCUGCGCAGGGUCACCCAGGGCCCGCCACAGGGGCUCGUCCUCGCCCCUCCACACCCUCACCCCAGCCUGAGGAUGCGAGGCCCCAUCGUCAUCCAUGACUGACGGGACACCGGACCCUCUGACAC